AGCAGAUGUUUACAUUGGCCUGGCUAGUUUAGUGAGCAAUGAGUAAUCAUGCUACAAAAGUCUUUUAAGUAACGUUACAUGAACUGAAUAAACAAAGAUAGACUGCCUGCACAAACACGGCCGGUUUAUUGUUCCCAGAGGAGACAGGAAUUUUUAAAAAGAGGAAUGGAAGAAUAAACAUAUUUUGUGACCUCCAAAAUCAGUAUCUGAGCUGGUUGGAGGGGAGUGACUGUGAUGUCAUGUGAGCGCAGGGUUGAGCCCCGUCAGCACGGAGAAGAGCCAGGUGCUGGACAGAGACAGGACACACAGCAUGUCCGUGGAGACUCACAGCAGACGAUGGACGACCAGGGCCAAUCAGAUGAGGAGGAGAAGGGCAGUCCGCUGAAUGCUGGGAUCGAGGUCAUGGUGCUACAACAUGUAAAUGAAGCUGAAAUGGAGAAGGAGAAGAACAAGGAGACAGAGGAGGAGGCAGGUCACUCACAGAGUAAAACAUACAGGUGGAACCCUGCCAGAAAAGUAUGCAACAUAUCAUCAUCCAGUGCUUUCAAGCUGUCAAAGCCACGCUGGAGGCUGGACUGCAAACUUGGUUACUUUGACCUAAUUGGUUGUGACUUCUUGAUUGAGGAGGAUUUCAAGGUCUGGUUGCUCAAGAUGAAUUGUUACCCUGCCCUGCAUGCUAACUGUGAAGUACUGAAAGAUGUGAUACACUUGAACGAGACCCAGACGCACAUGGUCAUGGCAUUAAGGUUUACGGUUCGCAAGGAAUUAAAAGGAUUUAGCUCCUGGGUUAAAUGGAGAACAAGGUAUUUCGACUUCUUGUUUCGACCUGUUAUGUAUUUAUUAUCUUAUGUUGUUGGUGUUAUUUCAAUCUUUUUUUUAUUUGUAGUAAGCUUAUUUGUUUAUUUUGUAUUAUGUUUGGGUGUGCUUAACGCUGCAGUGUGUAAAUUUUAGCGGCAUCUAGCGGUGAGGUUGCAAAUUGCAACCAACGGCUCAGUCACCUGCUCAUCCCUCCCUUUAGAGAAGCUACGGUGGCCGACACAGAGAGCAAUGAGAUUUCUUUACAAAGGUAAAUCAAGGAACUAUAUUUAUUUAAUUAUUCAAUAAAUGUAUGUUAUUGUGAACGUUAAUGUACU